GUUUGUGAACUUACAAAAACCAAUUUCUAAGUCAACACGAGCUUCACACACUAUGGCAUCACAAGAACAUAAGUUGUGCAUGAUUCCUGGUCCUGUUGAAUUUCAUGAGGAUGUAUUGACUUCGAUGUCAACAGCAGCUACUUCACAUGUUUCACCUUCCUUUAUUUCUGUAUUCGGCGAAUGCGUUGAGCUUCUACGUAAAGUGUUUUUUACGGCCAAGGGACAACCUUUUAUCAUCUCUGGUUCUGGAACUCUGGGAUUUGACAUGACUGCCUCUAAUUUGGUGGAACCGGGUGAAGAUGUGCUGGUAUUGAAUAGCGGUUAUUUUGGCGACUCUUUUACAACGUGCCUCGAGACAUACGGUGCAAACGUUACACAGAUUAAAGCUGAAAUUGGAGAUCGACCAUCACUUGAAAAUAUCGCAGAAGUUUUAUCAUCCAAAAAGUUUAAAGCCAUUACUAUCACUCAUGUUGACACUUCUACCGGCGUGCUUUCAGAUGUUAGAGCCAUAGCAGAAGUGGUGAAACAAAAGUCACCUGAUACUUUAAUAAUCGUAGAUGGCGUUUGUUCUAUUGGAGCCGAAGAAUUACGUGUAGACGAAUGGGGUUUGGACAUUGCGUUUACCGCAAGUCAAAAAGCGCUUGGGGUUCCCUCGGGAUUGUCAAUAUUGAUUGCAAGUGAAAGAGCUAUUGAAGUAUACAAGCGACGAAAAACACCUAUUCCAAGCUACUACGCCUCUUGGGCACAUUGGUUACCAAUCAUGAAUGCAUAUGAGCUUAGGAAAGCAUCAUAUUUUGCCACUCCACCAGUACAAUUGAUCUAUGCUCUUAACACUAGCCUAAAACAGAUCACCUCAGUUCCACUUGAGACUCGUUUCCAAAUGCACAAAGAAGUUAGCAAUCGUAUUAAGGACGCCAUUGAAAAUUUAGGACUAAAAUUUGUCCCAAAUUCCAGAGAGAUUGCAGCCAAUGGUAUGACAGCUGUUUACUAUCCUGAAGGAAUCCAAGCCACGGAUCUCCUUCCCAGGGUGGCAAAUCACAACGUCGUAAUUGCGGGUGGUUUGCAUAGAGCUAUUGCUACCAAGUACUUUAGAAUUGGUCACAUGGGGCUCAGUGUCAUCGAACCCAACAGAGGACAUAUAGAUAAAACCAUUGAAUCCUUAAGGAUAGGUUUGAACGAAUUAGGUUAUAGAGGAGGGGAGAGUCAAUAA